AUGCGACAAAGUUCAUUCUUCGGUGUGUUGUGUUGCGGGCUGUUGCUCUUCCUUCUUCUAGCGGCCUCUGUAUGUACUGUGGAGGCAAAGGAGUGCACGGUGAAGAAGGGCAUGCGCGCGUGGAAGUAUGACGGUGGGUCGUUUCUCCGUGACGGGCAAAGCAUCACAUGGCACGAGAUGGACAAGAAAGGUGUGCGUUUGGCGUCCUUCACGGAGGUUACGCGUCAGGAGGGUCAGGUGCUUCUGCACGACGCGAAGCGGAACAUGGAUCUGCUGCUGCGGUCGGAUCUCUGCGCCGUGCGCCACUCAGGGGAGGAGAACUUCCGCCAGCUGUACGCAGGGAAAUUCAUGAAGACUGUGGACUGCACAUGA